AAAUGGCGGGCGGGGAGAGGCGGGGCUGAUCUCCAUGGUUGGCUCCGCCUCUCCCCCCCGAAGCGCGGAGCGGUCGGUGAGGCGGGAGCGGGGGGUUCUGCGCUGGUAGGCUGCGGCGACAGCAGUGGCGAGGCGGUGGUGCUCUAACUUUUACUGUAUGGACUCUUGCUCAGUAGCAUGGGAGAAGAGGAAGGACUACAUCAAACGCAAUUACUGAGGUUAAGCAUGCCAGUAGAAACUCAGGAGGAGGAAGGAGAAGCUGCCUCUCCAGUAAGUGAAAUACAGCCGUUGAGAUGUUUGCUUCUGUGCGAAGCAGUGGCUCCUGACUUCCAUCAAGUGUGGAGCUUAAUGGGAGCCAGGAGCCUGGGAGCCCUUGCCACUCUCCGAUGCCAUGACUUGUGGACCUGCUCACCCCUGGUUCCCGAGUGCCGUCUUUGGGACCCAGUCUUGACCCCUGUUGUACCACACUGGCCAUUCUGUAACCUGGACACAAUGUUUGUGCGAGGAUUAAAGAGAAAAUGUUUUGAUGGUGAAGAAGACAUUGAAGGAACUCUGGCUGGUAUUAAGGCUAUUCCUUCAUAUAAUCUUCAACGGCAGUCACUUUUAGAUAUGUCCUUGGUUAAACUUCAGCUGUGUCACAUGCUGGUUGAACCUAACCUUUGCCGUUCGGUACUUAUAGCCAACACGGUACGGCAGAUCCAAGAGGAAAUGACCCAAGAUGGGACUUGGCAGAUGAUAAACACACAGAGUACAGGGCAGGCAUCCCUGGAUCGUCUUGUUUCAACAGAUAUCCUUUGUCGUUCAUCUAGGGAACAAGCUGAGGGAAAGCAUGUUCCAGGCUAUAGUACUUUCAAUAAGGACUUUGGGGGUGAUCAGGCACAAGAUAAUUCAGAAACUAUGUCAACAGUCUCUUCAGUUCAAGCUCCGAGAAACCUGCAGAGCAAUGUGUGGGAAAUGGAGAACCCACAAGAAAAUAAAGGAAACUUUCAAAAAUCAUUAGAUCAAAUAUUUGAGACACUGGAAAAUAAAAGUCCUAAUUCUGUUGAAGAUCUGUUUUCAGAAGUUGACAACUCUUACUAUGAUCUUGAUACUAUGUUAACAGGCAUGAUGAGCAACACAAAAAUGGGACACUGUGAUGGGCUGGAAACAUUUUCUUCUCCAACAACUACGGCUUCUAACACUAAUUGUAAAUCUGAUCUUAAUGAGCUUGAUCAUAUUGUGGAAAUCCUUGUUGAAUCCUGAAACUCCUUACCUAGGAGAUAAAGGUCUGUUAAUGGGAAAAAAAGACUGGAAAGCUGUUUCCACAGUUCUAUCAAAUCUGCACGUGUAUUUUACAAAUAUCUAUAUAUUAUAUAGAUACAUAUAUUAAAAAGCACUUCAUAUUGCAAAGUAGUGUUAACUCUUAAAGUUAACUUGCAACUUGUAGUGUAAUAAGCCAAUCUGUUGUCCAUUGAACUGUAAGUACAUACAGUAAAUGUGGUUUUAAGUUUUUGGUCCGAGGCUCUUGAAAUUGGGAUCCUUCUACCUAUUUGUUUUAGCCUUUGAUGGAGGAUAUGCUCAGUGAGAGGGAUUCUCUCAUCUUUUUCUUACACUUCGUCCAGUAAAAAUGGUAAUAAAUGGAGACAAGUUGGAUAACUGGUUUCCUAUUUUCUGCCAGUUUCCACUUUGUUAUAUCACAGAACUCCUGCCAUAUCUGCUGCUUCUGUUCUAAGUCGCUACAUGGCUCUUAAAGAGCAGUAUGCAAUAGUUCCUGUUAUCCUAGCUAGCUUAUUCUGGUUUUUUUGCUACAAUUUUUACUUCAAAAAUAGUUUUAAAGUGUUUAUUGGUGUUUAGAUUUUUUCAGGUAUUUUCCUAAAAUAUAUUUUUACUACAGAUGUUAUGUCAGCUGCUAACUUAGUAACUUUUGAUCAUACCUGCAGUUGAUGUAUUUUUUGAAAGGUUUUCAAAAAGGGAUGUUUUUUUUUACUGUGAGCUACCCAAUGUAGUUCAGUAAAGUGUAUAUAACUGUAAAUACAUGAUUUUAUACUUUACAUUAAAAUGUAAGAGCUGUUUUCAUUAUUCUGUUUUAUAGAGUAGUACUUUACUAAUUUGAGAAUUGUACAAUUAUGCUUUUCAAGCCCCAUAUACGUCAGUAUCAUUAGAAGAGCUUUGAUCCAGCUAGAUAGUUAAUUCACUUCAGACCAUACUUUUUGUUAACUAUAAACCUAAAUUACAUAGGUUUUUAUUUAUGUAUAUUUAUAUGUAAAUGUCAUCAAGUGAGUUGUUUUAUCACUGAGGUAUACCAUCAAAUAUUUGCUCAUAUGGGUUAGCUCUCUUGCACUACUUACUAUAAAAAGUAUUACUAAUGGCCUUUAGAUCUCAACUGAUAUGUCAUGAUGUCUCGUCAUAAUUAAUAUGCUUCACUCUUACCAAGGGUUUCCUCUUGCCUUAUUUUAAUAACAAAGAUAAUACAACAUGGGCCGGUGUUCUUCUCUUCAAGUA